AUGGUGAAAGUAACGUGCACAGCAAUUGGGCGAAGAAACGAACAGUGGUUGGCGCUGGCUCUCGCGGUCGCCAGAGGACGCGUUUCCCACAGGCGCUACCUCAAUGCAGAUGGAAACGAUACGUUAGGGGAGCAGGCUUCGUACGUCCAUACUUAUGAGCGAAGAAACACAAGACGACACUGUUUAAUUCAGCUCAGUCACGAUGAAAGUGAGGUAAACGGCAACGGGGUGACGAUAUGUCGCGAAACGAAUAAAGUCGUUGGCGCUGGCUCUCACGACUGCCAAAACACGGUGCUUCCCGGGAAAAUAUGCGACGUGAAUUCGUCAUCGUUCAAGUCCGCGAUCGUACUGACUCUGAGAAACGAGGAGCCAGACAAGGCGAUGAUUCGAAAGAAGCAGACCAUACCUUAA